CUCUCCCUCUCUGGCGUUAAUCUGCUGCUUUGGGCUCUCAGUGGAACUGGAAUGUCUUCGGGUGUUCGUCCUCCAACCUGCUUCAUCCCGUUCGACUCGACUGAACUGCGGCGAUGAAUCACAGCAAGGCCGAAUAUGAGCCUGAAUAUUACUACUAUGACUACAACGCGGAGCCAACCGACCCGCCCAAAGAAGUUAUUUUGCCAUGUGACCCUACAGCGGACGACAGGAUCUUCCACGUGUGCAUGCUGUCGUUAUCUCUGGUGGUCGUCUUAAUACUCGCAGUUCUCACCAGGAAACACAAAUUCUGCCAUGGAUUUGCAAGAGGAUCCUCCAGCAUCUUCAGUCCGGCCAACUUCCUCGACCAGACUCAGGCGAAAGGCCCCAUCGUGGCUGUUUUUGGGCUGCUCUUCAGCAAGCUGUCGGUGCUAGUGAUCGCACCAGACCCGCUGCCUUUCUCCAAAGACACUCCAGGGAACAUCAAAGAGUACAUGAAGAUACUGGCCAUCUUCUACUAUCCCGUCCUCUACUAUCCUCUGUUGGUGUGUUGCACUCUGCAGCACAAAGCGGGCUACGUGCUCGGGACGCUCCUCUCCUUCAGUCACCUCGCAGUGCAGACGUGGCAGGUGUUCGACUGUCCAAAGACGCCAGAGAUCUACGCGUACUACGCUCUGCUUGCGAGUCUGCCUCAGCUGGCCUGCUUCGCGUACCUCUGCGUGCAGUUCCCUGUGCUGUUUGUGAGAGGGCCGAACGCCGACGAGGAUCUUGACAGCAGCUACUACACCAACUAUGUGAAGUUGCUUUUCAAGAAAAGGUCCUCGACUGCCAGCUCGUCAGCUCCGGACAAACCAACGCUGGCAGAGAGGAUUCUGGAGGUGCCUAAGAGUUAUAUUUACAUACCAGACAAAGUCUUUCGUUUUCCACUCAAACUGGCCGUGUCGGCGUUCGUCUCCUUGGUGGCGACGUACCACACGGCGUUGCUGCUGGUCGUCCUGGUCGUCCCCACCCUGCACAUCGUCCGCGCCGGCAUCGACGAAAACAUUGCCUUCCUCCUACUGGGGUUCGGGGUCGUCCUGUCAGACGACAGGAAGGAGGUCGUCGAAAUCGUGACCUUCUACACUUGGUUGCUGGAGGUGUGCUACCUGUGUGCCAUGACGCUGUCUUGUUUGGUCAGUCUCAUCAUGCUCAUGAGGUCCAUGGUCCUGCACAGGUCGAACCUGAGAGGACUUUAUAAGGGAGACGUUUACAGCGUUUAUAACAGCCAGAAGACCAUCCGUCCAUCCAAACCUGGUAUUGUCUGCUGGAUGGGUUUGACGGGAUACCAGGCGGCCAUCGUCUGCGUCGGAAUGGCGGUUCAGACUGUUGUGUUCUUCAUCUGCUUCUUGUUCCUGGUGUUUUUGAUCAUUAUCCCCAUUUUUUACGGCCGUAACGUCAUCGCCUUCACAGUGGCGGGGAAGGCGUGGCCGGGCUGGGUGACGCUGACGCUGGUUACGGUGCUUCAACACGUGACCGCAAAGUUUGCUUUCAUUAAAAAGGAGGCCGGCACGACAGACUUGAACAACAGAGGGAGUCUGUUCCUCCUCACGUACCUGCUGUUCCUUGUCAACACCGUAGUGGGACUGAUAGUCGCAAUAUGGAGAAUGGUGAUAACCGCUCUGUACAACAUUGUGCACCUCGGCCGUGCUGACAUCAGUCUGCUGCAUCGCAGCGCGGAGGCCUACGACCCAGCCUACCGAUACUACGCCCACUCGCUCAAGGUGGAGGUGAGCCAGUCACACCCGGUGAUGAAGGCUUUCUGCGGGCUGCUGCUGGACAUCAUGGUCGAGGGCGGCAGAGCCGGGCAGAAAAUAAGGGACGCGGAGGAAGCCUGCUCCUCCUCGCCUUCAGGGGUUCAGGAGAUCACGGAGAAGAAGGAGACCGGCCGGCAGAGGAUUCGCGCUCGCUGGCAGCUGCUGUACACGCUGGUCAACAACCCGUCCCUGCUGGGCUCCAGGAAGCACUUCCAGACGCAGCAGACCCCGGAGACGGUCCCCAACGGCACGCCCACCUGCAGCUCCAAGCAGGGCGGCGAGAAGGAGGCGGGGAAGACUCCCGCGCUGCCGGUCCAGCCCGCCGAGACCUCCACGGACCAAGAUAAAACUGAUUGAGGGCCCCAAUGUGGUGUUUGUUGUGUGGUUGGCGGUGUGUUUUAAACCUAAUUGGACUUUGGUCGUUAUUUUUUUACAUUUAAUGGUAACAUUGUUUUUAAAUUCUCGCUUCCUGCCAGAAUCCGUUCAGGAUUUCCAUAUGUUGUGGUGACGACACAAGCUACAGUUAACGGACCAGUGUGUAGGAUUAUUGGGGACGCGUAAUAAUGUAAUCAAGUUUGCUUUACAGCACCAUCUCUUGAAACUAAGAAUCCUCGUGUUUUUGUUAUGGAGCUUCGACCUCUUCAUGUUUCACCUCCACGUUUCAACAAAACGGCACCUGAAAGGACAAACAAAGACUUUUUCGCUUGUUUGCAAUCUAAAUUCUGCACACUGGAGGAUGCAUUGAUAGUGUGGUGCGAGUUAGAGAACUAAAAGGUUUGGACCCACAACGGCACCAACUAAAGACAGCUAGAAGCUACCAUAUGAGUAGCUAGAUGCUACUGAUAGUAGAUCCCAGAUGCUCUCUGAUAAUAAUAUCAAUUACAAUACGGCCAUUGUUAAAAUCAAACUUCCGUUGCGUUCUGCUUGCGUAGGACUGCUGAAGCAUGUCGACGUGCACGGUUCGAUGGCAGGCAGUCAAGUAGUGUUCUGCUUCUGGUUAAUGCCGUUACAGCAACACACGCCGGCUCUCAAUGUGUUCUCAGUCCAUGAUGUUCAAGGGAGUUCGUAAAUCCAUCAACCAAGUUAGAAAAAAUAAAUUUCUCAUGUAAUGAAAAUCGCAAACUCUAGUCAAUCACUGUUAAUCUACUAUAUUCAUAAUAUUUGUCCAAAGUUUCUACUAAUUACUAUGUGUAAUUGUAUUUAUUUUCUGUCACUAAAUGGCAAUAGAUCAUAGAAA